ACUCCUAUCUCUCAUCGGGUAUUUUUCGCAGCAUUGGGAAUUGAUCCCAGGGCCUUGGCGCAUGCUAAGCAAGCGCGCUACCACUGAGCUAUAUCCCAGGGACCUAACGUCUUAAAGACUCACAUUUUAUUUCGCUCCUAUCUUUUAUCUUUGUACGCGUCAAUCACCCUCUAGACCAGUCAGCCACCAUCAGAAACGAGUGUUUAUCAGGACCCUUUCCUGCAAGACCACGGUCCCCAGAGAGGAGUGGCUCGUCUCCUAACCUGCAAACGUGUAUAGAUCCGCAGGCUUUCGAACCCAGAGCUGUUGUUGCGGAGGCCAGAAAAAGAGAUGCACAGCGAGCCUGGACUAGCCAGUAGGGGUCACGCGAGGUCACGCACGACGCCGCGGAGCCUGCCGGGAGCGCAGUACACAAUGGCGACUCCCAGUCUGCGAGGUCGCCUGGCGCGGCUUGGGAACCCCCGCAGGCCUGUACUGAAGCCCAAUAAACCCCUCAUCCUAGCUAACCGAGUUGGAGAGCGGCGCCGGGAGAAGGGCGGUGAGCAAUCGGAGCCUGGGAGGCCCCGGAACGGGAACCGGAGUGGGAGGCGACCUGUAUCACGGAGAUGUCGGUCAUGAUGGCUUGCUGGAAGCAGAAUGAAUUCCGCGACGAGGCGUGCAGGAAAGAGAUCCAGGAC